GUAAUCCGGAGCAAAUCUCAAGUCAUCAUCACGUAUUUUAUGCACCAGCUGUUGCACUCAGUGCGGCUGGCCAGAGUUGCAUGACUCCAGUUUUGCUACGUGUCCAUCUACUCCAUUUUCACUCCAUAACAUUUACCUUUACAAUCAAAUAAAACCCUUUCACCCUGGACCGACUUCACACUCGCGCAUGUGCCGCUUCGUGAUUUACAAGGGCACAUCACCUGUGCAACUGUCUCACCUCUUAACUCGACCGUGCCAUUCCAUUAUAAACCAGGCCUUUGAUUCGCGCCUACGUCUCGACCAUCGUCGGCCGAUAAACGGUGACGGCUUUGGCGUUGGCUGGUAUGAUUCCAUCCACGAUGAGGAACUUGGCAGCCAACCUUGUAUAUUUACUUCCGUUUCACCGGCAUGGAAUAACGCAAACUUGAUCCGAUUAGCAGAGAAGAUCAAGUCACCGCUUGUCUUCGGGCACGUCCGUGCGACCACCACUGGUUCUUUGUCUUUAGACAACUGCCAUCCAUUCACAUAUGGAAAACUUAUGUUCAUGCAUAACGGCGGUAUUGCAGGCUUUCAUCUGAUAAAGCGACGACUGCAGGCCGAUCUCUCGGACGAUGUCUUUAAUAUAGUACAAGGGAACACAGACUCUGAGUGCGCUUUUGCGCUACUGCUGUCGAAGCUUCCCGACCCAAAGGCUAAGAGUUUUACAACUCGCAGCCUGCAGCAGGCAAUGUUGGAUACCAUUGCAACUUUAAAUUUGUAUGCCGAGCAAGCCGGUAUCACUGAGCCAAGCUUGAUGAACUUUUGUGUCACAGAUGGCGAAAGUGUCAUUGCAACGCGUUACAUUUCCUCUCGGCACGAUGAAGCCGCAUCGUUGUGGUUCUCAUCUGGGACGACAUUCAGUGAGUACGCCCAAGGCGGUCAUUACAGGAUGGCGAAAGCUGAUAAAAGAGAAAACAUUAUCAUGAUUGCCAGUGAGCCACUUACUUUCGAAAAAGCGGACUGGAUGGAGAUUCGCACGAACAACAUGGUCGUGAUCACACCCAAAAUGAACCUCCUGCAGAUUCCCAUCGUCGACAAAUUCUAUGUCUCUCCUUCUGACCCAGCGGCGCUAAAUCGUGACACUGACUUUGCCGCGGCCAAGGGCUUCCUCAGCCCACGUAUAGCCUUGACUCCAGUCCAACCUCGCGAAAACGCCCCCCAGCUGUCCAUUUAAUAUCUUUCCUUGCGGUACCUUCACUGUAUCUCAUCUAUGCAUCGCUGUCUUUGUUGUGUUCCAUUGCUAU